CUAUGGCUCCCCCCUUAAGCUAAACGAACCAGUGCGCAUGCGUGGAACAUUCGAUCACUGGUGGUGGUGUAGCUAACGGCUAAGCUACGAAUCCAGCCAACAUGGAAAGAAAAGUUCUUGCACUCCAGGCGAGGAAGAAGAGGGGAAAAGCAAAGAAGACCAGCAAAAAGCAGCCAGUCAAUCCCAGAGCUCGACAGCAUCCCCAGCAAGAAGCCUCGCCUCAGGAACCCGAGGAACCUGAGGAGAUCCUCGGCUCUGAUGAUGAGGAGCAGGAGGACCCCAACGACUACUGCAAAGGUGGCUACCACCAUGUGAAAGUAGGAGACCUUUACAACGGAAAAUACCAUGUAAUCCGGAAACUGGGCUGGGGACACUUCUCCACGGUGUGGCUCGCCUGGGACAUCCAGGUGAAGAGGUUUGUUGCAAUGAAGGUGGUAAAGAGUGCGGAGCACUACACGGAGACAGCAGUGGAUGAGAUCAAACUUCUCAGAUCUGUUAGAAACUCAGAUCCCACUGAUCCCAACCGUGAGAUGGUGGUCCAGAUGUUAGACGACUUCAAGAUCUCUGGUAUCAAUGGAACCCAUGUCUGCAUGGUGUUUGAGGUGUUGGGGCAUCACUUAUUAAAGUGGAUAAUAAAGUCCAAUUACCAAGGGCUGCCCCUUUCGUGUGUGAAGAGCAUCAUUAGACAGGUACUCCAAGGCCUGGACUACCUGCACACAAAGUGUCAGAUCAUCCACACAGACAUCAAGCCAGAGAAUAUCCUGAUGAGUGUUGAUGAGCCUUAUGUCCGGAAACUUGCAGCUGAAGCCACAGAGUGGCAGAGGGCUGGUGCGCCUCCUCCCUCUGGUUCAGCAAUAAGCACAGCGCCUGCUCCAAAACAGACAGUAAAAAUGUCCAAGAACAAAAAGAAGAAGUUAAAAAAGAAGCAGAAGCGGCAGGCUGAGCUGCUGGAAAAGUGCAUCCUGGACCUGGAGGAGAUGGAAAAGACCACCGAGACACGAGAGGAUGAAGAGGAUGAAGAUGAGGACCCACAGUCUCCAAAGGGACGGGCCUGUGCUCCUCUCAGACAGGUGUCUAUUCUGGAGCUAGAAAAUGAGGGAACAGAGGAGAGCAGUGUGAAUGCAGAUCUCAUGAGGGUGGGACCAGAGGGGCUGUUGGAGGUUAACUGUAAUGGCCAUGUGGAGGCGGACCAGAGGCAGUCCCAGUGGAGGGACGAGGACCAACACAAUGGCAACGCAGAACACACAGUGAAAUGUGCCAGUCAGGAGGGGCAACACGAGGAGUCCCCUGUUCACCUCAUCUGCAACGGUGUGGACUCUGCAGAUCUCAAGGAGCUGGACACUGAGACUGAAGGCAGGGGUGCUUACAGCAGUGGAGUAACUGAGACACAUCUUCCUGCUGGGCUGGAGGAGGGAGAGCUGGAGCAGGAGGAUGGUGAGGACUGGCCCGAAAGCCUGGACGGCAAGCUAACAGCAGGAUCCCUGCUAGUUAACCCCCUUGAGCCACUCAAUUCAGACAAGAUCAAGGUCAAGAUUGCAGACUUGGGAAAUGCCUGCUGGGUGCACAAGCACUUUACAGAAGACAUCCAGACACGACAGUACAGGUCCUUAGAGGUGCUCAUUGGUGCUGGAUACAGCACACCGGCCGAUGUAUGGAGCACAGCCUGCAUGGCCUUUGAGCUCGCCACAGGGGACUACUUAUUUGAACCACAUUCUGGGGAAGAUUAUUCCAGGGAUGAAGACCAUCUUGCUCUCAUGAUUGAGUUGCUCGGUAAAAUCCCUCGCCACUAUGCUCUGAGUGGGAAAUACUCACAGGAAUACUUCACCAAGAGAGGUGAUUUGAAACACAUCACCAAGCUGAAGCCAUGGGGCCUGCUGGAGGUUCUGAUUGACAAGUACGAGUGGCCCCGUGAAGAAGCCGAGUGCUUUGCUGACUUCCUGCUUCCCAUGCUGGAGCUGGUCCCAGAGAAAAGAGCCACAGCCGCAGAGUGCUUGCGUCACCCAUGGCUCACCCUCUAGUGGAGACUAUCAACCAUUGCACCUCCCUUCCUUCCCACUCUCUCCAGAGACUGCAACAGAUCACUUUCCAGUUUGGGCAUAUCAGAUGAAUAUUUAUUUCUCUUUUUUUUGUUUCCUUGUUUUUGUUUUUUAGUGUUCUUCUUAUUGAACUAAUGCUUCUGUGUAUGUUUGCUUUGUAUUUGUUGGUUUUUCUCUCAGUGUGAUGACGUUAGGAAUCCAAUGGAUUACAUUACUUUGUGGUCAUGUUGGCUCGAACCUGCUGUGCUCCAUUCACCCACCAAACUAAGCAAACCUGUUCUUGUACUUCUAGUGACUCUUCCUUAUUUGUUACACUCCUGCACUAAAACCCAAACAAAUUAAGGAUAUGUAGCCUUUCUUGGUCAUUUUGUUCCCUUUUAGAAGGAUUCGCUAUCACUUCUUCUCUUGUGCAUUUUCAUUAGUGCUGUGUUUUUUUUUAAUGAUUUAUUUUAUCUUAUAUUACACAUGUAAGGUAUAUUUUGUAUUUGUAAAGUAGGCUUAGGAAGUUGCACACUGGGCUGAUAUUUACACUGACUCUGGUAAUGUUCACAGCAAUUUCUUACUGAGACAUCCACGGUCUGAUAAUUUAGGUCAUAUUAUUUACCCAUAACAAAUCCGUUGUCACCUGGUACUUAGUGUGGUUAGUUAAUUAUAAUAAAUGAGAUCUUUCAUUCUCGUGGGAGUCUGGUAUUCUCAUACAACUAUAACAAUUCAGGAAUAUAGUGUUUUAAAGGUUUCAGCAAGACCACAUGUUAAGAAGCCCAAUUUAAAGGAGAAAAAAAGUGAAAAUAAACUGUAUAUAUCUGUACCAAAGAGUUUGCCUUUAUGUAUAUUACAGUUAUGUACAGUUUUUAACAAAUCUUAUAUCUUCGCUAAGAUUAUUUAGCUGGAUAGCUGUGUUUUAAUAAAGCGUAUGGAAGAUGUGUUCGAGCUCAGUUGUAUGUAUUGCCACCUGUUCAAUAAUGUCACUGUUUUUACCAUAGAACUGGUGAGAUCUGAUGUUAUGCAAUGGUGUCCCAAAUUGAUCAUAUCAAAGUAAAGUAUCUAUUGAGCCUAGGUAAAAACAAAAUUUACAUCAGUGUCAGAUUUAAGAACAUAGACUUUGUGUAAGUUGUCGAUUUACAAAACUGUACAACACCAUACAAUAAAAACAGAUGUUCAUGCAAUACAAA